AUGCACAACUUUACGCUCACACACACGCUCAGUGCCAUCGAGGACACUGCGACGACGGACCUUGCGGCUGCCUAUGACGUGCCCACCCUCGAGCGCGUCGAGCGUAAGGUGACCUUUUCUCGUGUCGGCGCGGGUCAAGUCUCCAUCCAAGACACUGUCGAGAUGAAACCCGGCGCUUCGGUGGAUUUUGAAUCGGUGUUCACACCGCUUGGGACGUGGACACCAACAGGGGCCGCCAGCGGCCUCGUCACGUCCAACACUGGCGUGACCGUUAACGUGUGCAUCACCGCGUCGGCUCUAUUUACGAUCGACGCUAGAGUGCUCACAAGCUACAACGUGACAUGGACUCGGGUCGGAGUCAAAGUCGUGUCGACCAAGCGGUCCGAGAAGGUUAAGAUCACGGUACUUCCAGGGUCGACGGCUUGUCCAUAG